CUGCAAUCUACUCAGAUCAGAUCCAUCUCUGACAUUGUUUUUUUUCAUUUCCUUUUUUGUCAUUUUCUAUGUACCUUCCUCCUCAUCACACCAUCUGGGGCGCACUGGGGUUUCAUCACAAUUUUAACAAGCAAUGCAAUUUUUCAGCUCUAAAAACAGAAAAAGGUAUUCAUUGAUUGGAGUGAAGGAAUUUGAAUGAAUGCGGAUUGAUAGAUUCAUUUUGAUUACAUAGUCAUACAGAUAUAUAGGAUUAGAAUGGAAUUGCUCUGUUUGAAGCCUUUGAAAUUCUUUGGAUUGCAUAUGAAUUCUCUAGCAUACAAAUGUGCUGCAUUUCUUGUCAUUGCUUUGAUGAUUAGAACACUUUGGCUUCCUAGAUUCUCUAACUUUCGUGGAAUUCCUAAUAGUCGAUUUAGUUUAGAUCCGAAUCUUGACAAUGAGAAAUCGAAGUUUUUGGAGGUUCCUCAGAUUGUGUGGGGUUUAAACAAUCAGAAAAUUGCAUUUGCAAGAGCAUGUUUGACUGCAAGAAUGCUGAAUAGAACACUUCUUAUGCCUAGUUUGAGUGCUUCCUUGUUCUACAAAGAGGUUGAGCAGCUGAGGUCUAUUUCCUUCGAUAAAGUCUUCCGAUUCGAUGAGUUCAAUGCUCGUUGUGGAGGGUUUGUCAGGUUAGGCCGUUACUCAGAGGUUUCAAGCACGAGGGAUGUGUUCGAGCUUCAAAAGGGGAGUGGGAGGAGAUGGACGGUUGAUAAGGAUCUUCAGCAGUUGAGGGAGUUCGCUAAGGCUCCCUACGAUGAGUAUCAAAUGAUCCGAGUUGUUGGCAAGAAUCCCUUCUUGUGGCACGAUCAUUGGCCUGCUAGAGACUACGCGAAGAUUUUUGAAUGCUUAGUGUUGGUGGAGGAGAUAUCUAGGGAGGCCGAUAAGGUUGUGUCGAAGAUUAGAGAAAUUGGGGUGGAGGAACGGAGCAGAGUUGCUCCGUUGCAAAAUAAUGUCAAUGCAGCGUUGCAGACGAUGCCCUAUGUAGCUGUGCACAUGAGAAUCGAGAAGGAUUGGAUGAUACAUUGCAAAAAGCUCGAGCGGAGAUUGAACGUUACUGAAAUUUGCAGCAGCAAGGAGCAAAUCAAGCAAAGAGUAGCCAACAUUGUUGGAUUAGAUACUCCUAUUGUUAUGUACCUUGCUGUUGCUGACGAUCUUCUUGAAGAUAACUCUAUACUCGAGGGUUGGGGCGAGGGUUUGCUUCCUUACGAGAAGAAGAAGUUGGGCGUUCUUGACACGUACAAGAAGCACCCCUAUCUGAUUCAAUCAGCUAUAGACUAUGAAGUUUGCUUGAGAUCUAACGUGUUUGUUGGGAAUACGUUCUCGACUUUCUCUAGCCUUAUCGUUCUCGAGAGGACUCAGUUGAUGAUGAGUGAGGGUGCUGCAAAACGGUGUGGCUUAGACAUUAGAUGGCCUUCUUAUGCAUAUAAUUUAGAAGGUGAAUCAAAUGGUCCACGCGGGUGGGCAGCGAAUAUGUCGGAUGUGAGCCUCCAAGCCAUUAGUUAUGGUUCAAACCAUGUUUCUUGUCAAUGAUUUUAAGGUACAUGAUUUUGGCCUUGUAUAGCUUUCUUAUACUAUCAUAUUCUUGAUUCUUAUACGCCUUUUGAAAAGUGUAAAUGAUACUCCAUGAAAUGCAGUGUUAUUGAUCUUGAUCUCCCUUAUUUGUCACUUGCAUUUGAGAUUACACAUUAAUGAAAUCGCCUUGAUCUUGAUC